UGCCUCUGUAGACUAACCACAGUAAUCCUCAAAUUCCGACUGUGACAGCUCCUUGGCUUUACGCGUCCUGCUGUUUAGUAUUAGCACAUUACACAGAUUUUGUAGAUUGUGCCUUUUCAAAAUUUGUUCGAAACAUUUCGCCAGGCUGUCUGACAAGCUGACUGUUAGCUGCUAACUCAGUAACAACACAGCGACCAGCUGACGGAGCGCUAAGCGUGUUAGCCUGCUAGCCCAGCUGUCUCAUCAGUCUGCCUGUCCUUUGUCUUUACAAUCAAGUGAGCCAUCAGGCGGUGGUUCGUCUCCGGCUUUGCCAACACCGGCUUCUGCGAUUCAAUUUGUAUCGCCUGACACGAGUCAAGCAGACCAAGAUAGGCGGCUGGGGAACCAAGAUGUCGAACCGAGUGGUGUGCAGAGAAGCAAAUCAUGCCGGGACCUGGUACUCUGCUUCGGGAUCGCAGCUGAAUGCACAACUCGAGGGCUGGCUGUCCCAAGCACAGUCCACGAUCAAACCUGCUAGAGCCAUCAUUGCGCCGCAUGCUGGGUAUACCUAUUGUGGUUCUUGUGCGGCACAUGCCUACAAGCAGGUUGAUCCCUCUAUUACUCGUAGGGUGUUCAUCCUGGGACCCUCACACCAUGUGCCCCUCUCCCGCUGUGCCCUGUCACCUGCAGACAUCUAUAGAACACCUCUCUAUGACCUGAGAAUUGACCAGAAGGUUUAUUCUGACCUCUGGAAAACUGGGUUGUUUGAGCGGAUCACUCUUCAGACUGAUGAGAACGAGCACAGUAUUGAAAUGCACUUGCCUUACACUGCUAAAGCCAUGGAGAGCCACAAAGACGAGUUUAGCAUCGUCCCUGUGCUUGUGGGUGCCCUGAGUGAAUCUAAGGAGCAGGAAUAUGGGAAGCUGCUCAGCAAGUAUUUGGCAGACCCUUCAAACCUUUUCAUCAUCUCAUCUGACUUCUGCCACUGGGGUCAACGGUUCCGCUACACAUACUACGAUGAAUCUCAAGGGGAGAUCUACAGGUCUAUUGAGCAUCUUGAUAAAAUGGGGAUGGGCAUUAUAGAGCAGCUGGAUCCCAUGUCUUUCACCAACUACUUGAAGAAAUACCGCAACACCAUCUGUGGGCGUCACCCGAUUGGAGUGCUGCUAAAUGCUGUGGCUGAGCUGAGGAAGUCUGGUUUAGAAAUGAACUUCUCUUUCCUGAACUACGCCCAGUCAAGCGAGUGCAGGAACUGGCAUGACAGCUCCGUGAGUUACGCUGCUGGGGCACUCGUCGUUCAUUGAGGUCGACUUUCGCAGGGACCAAUGCAGCGCCGCCACCCUGUCGUUACUAUCUAUCGCCAUAACCCCCAGACCCCCCACCCCCCACCCCCCACUCACCCCACCCCCAAAUGCACCCACUAUUUGCAGGAAGACCUAGACAUACAAAGCCAAUAAAGUCUUCUUUCUCUGUCUCUCCCUCUUCUCAUCCCUCCUCUCAGUUUGAAGUGUGUCUCAGAGUUUUGGUUGAUACAUUUGCUUGUAGUGCAGUUUCAAGAUUAUGUUGGAGCAAAUUGUUUGAGGGGAUUUGAAGAAUGCGUAAUGAUUUUGCUGGGAGGGGGAUUAUUUGGAUUUUUGCAGGGACUGUAGUUGUCCUCUUAGUCCAUUUAGUUUUCCUGACUAGCGAUGGAUUUGAGUUGUAAUGCAAUCUUUGCAUUUGGACUCUUGGCAAUCUGUGCUCAUGUUAUUUGCCUCUGAAGAGGAAUGAAAAUAAAACUGCAGAUCUUAAUGGAGAAUACAGAAAUGUUGCCAGAUGCAAACGAAGUGAGAGUUUUGACUGACGGCUUUAAGCUACACGCGACUUUAAUUUUUAAACUGUCAUUGGUAAUUACUACUGUCGCAUUACGUAUAUUGUAGAUGCUAACAAAGGGCUGCACCCAACAGAGUUCACUAACCCCCUGUACAAAACCAAAAAUAUUAUUACUCUUAUAAUAGUUUAUUAAAUAUUAUCUUUUACUCAUAUUCUAUUCCAUUUAUUUCUCCCUUUUUGAGUAGUAGUAUUAUUAGGUGUGAUGGUAUUUACUCAAGUAGUGUGUACAUCUGAACAACAGCAGUGUUGUCAGUUUAGAUCCAAAGCCAACAACAUGGUUUGCCUGUUAAAUUUGUGCUCCCAGAUUCCAAUUAUACAUGUGUAGCGUUAUAUUCAUGGUUUUGAGGGCCAGACUGCGGUUGUGGGUGCCACAGAAAUGUCAUCAAAGCUGGAUAUAGUGUAAAUGACUCCCAACACUAACACGUCUAGUCUUUGUUUACACUGCCACCUUGAAUCUCUGUAGUUUUUGAAUUUUGCGUACAAGAGACUCGAUCACAUUUUUGUCUUUUGUUGCAAGUUCAAUUCUGUCAGAGUAGUAAAGCUUCUGUUUUGGCUGGAACAAAAAUAGCGAGAUGACCUAGUUGGUUUGCUUAAAUUUUAGGGACUGUUACUAAAUCUGUUCACUAGGUAGUAAUCUACAGCUCUAUUUAUCAAUUAUUUGUUAUGUUUUGUUUUAUGAAUGCCAAAUGUUAUUGGGAAGAAUUAAGUCUUCAUCCUUAUUCAAAUUUUUUUCUUUCUCCAGUUUUGUUACUCAAUGAAGAGCUGCCCGAAUAUCAUUUAAGCAAGGUCAACUAGAACAAAUGGCGUUUUAAGAUCAGCAAAAUCAUGAUUCACGGAAACAAUGUACCCAGAAUAGUGUCACUCGUUGGUCCCUGCUCUAUUUUGGAUAUGUUGGAUGUAAAUGUGCAAAAAAGAAAAUUCACAGUUAUGAUAUAUUAUGAAAUGAGUCAUGCUGCUUGAAAUACUCCUACUAUUGUCAUACAUUAAGAAAAUGCAAACAAAACCCGAAUGCAGUAAACCUGAUGAUUCACAGUGGCAGUAUAGGCUUUCAAUGACAGUAUGACAAUGUCUGCUGUCCUUUUCAUUUGAGACCUGAACAUCACUUCUCUCCUGACUGACUUUUGCUGAAGUCAAGGAUUCCCAUUAAAAUGAUGCAGUCCCCGAACAUUGGUCUCCCUCUCUCGGCACUAUAAGCAUUAAGCUACAAUAUCUGGUUAAAGCAAGUGAGCACAGACUUAAAAAAUUAAUCUCCAGACUCACCUCACCCCUGGCGUUAAUUUAAGGGAAACUGAAGCAUGACACACUGCUAUUGUGCCUUUUAUCACUGUUGCACAUAUACAUACAAAGCGUAUUCUCACUUAGUCUUAUUUUAGAACGUGUACUUUUUAGUUUUUUUUUCCACAUGUACCCAGCCCCUUGCCUUGUGCCCACCAAUAUCUCCAUCUCACCCAGCACUCCAGGAGUGUGUGAUCUGUUACUCUCAUCUGUUGGUCAAAAAUGGCACCAACUGUUUUCUCCUUCUCGAGUGGGGAGUGGUGUUCUGUUUUCUCCACCUCACCUCAUUCCUGUAGAGAGAGACGAGACUGAACCUCAACACUGUUCCUUUUCUGUUUAUUGUUUUGUCUUAUAGAAAUGUUUUUUGUAUUAUUUUUCUGUGGCUGAGAGAAUGGGAACUUACAUGUCACAAACCUAAAAUAUUCUACUCAACUUCUCCGUGAAUGGAGUUGUUCUGAUCUCAGGUUCCACUGACAAAGCAUCCCAUAAGGCUCUUCCCAUAAGGCCAAGGGUUCAUGUUACAAAACAAGUAAACUGUACUGAAAAGCA